GCCGAGCGGCGAACGGCCGCAGUCCCCGCGCUCGCCCCGCCGGCGAAUGUUCUCGCGCGCGCGUGUGUAACGUUCCGGAAACUUCGACGAGCACCACAUACACAGGAUGGCCCCUGACCCAUCAUCAGCUGAAGAGGAAAGAAAGAUGAGACACAGUUUAUGUGAACAAAGAAGAAAAGCAAAAAUCAAAAUGGACCCGCAAAAGCGAGAAGAGUUUCUUAGAAAAGACAGAGAAAGAUAUUUGAGAAGAAAAGCCGCCGGAUUGAUUCCUCUAGUACAUGAAAUGACGCCCGAAAAGCUUGAAAUGACACGGAAGAGAAACCGCGCCUAUGCCCUUGCAUACUACAGGAGAAAAAAAGCUAAAACAUCUAAGAAGUAUCGAGAGAUGGAGUGGACGAACGAGCAGGUCGAACAGCUCAUUUCAGCAUACCAGCAGUUGCCCGCGCUGUGGGAUCCGACGGCACAUAGAUGUGGCUUGGGGGAUAAGUACGUGGCCUGGAAGAAUCUGGCAGCGGCAUUCCAGUGCGACUUGGCAGACCUGAAGAAGAAGGUGCAAUCGGUGCUCGCGUCCUACCGCCGAGAGAAGAGCAAGGUGCGAGGCGGUAACCGCUCCUACUGGUUCCUGUACGACCGCCUCAGCUUCCUGCCAAACUACAUCCCGAAUAUCACGGGACCAGCCAACGUGCCCUCGAAGCGGAAGCCGUACAACUCGUCGAGCGACGAGGCUGACGAUGACUUCGACCAUGAGACGGAACCGGAAGUGGAAGUCAAGAUGGAGCCGCCGGACGUCCUCGUGGACUUCUACGAUGAGCCGACGAAGAUACACACGAAGAGAAGGCUGACGCGGAAUCCGAUAAAGUCUCCGCCGAGAUUGGUCGAAGUUAGUUUACAAUCUGCAGUUAGUCGAGACUCUGAAGUUAGUCGAGAGCCUGAAGUUAGACGAGAGCCGGAAUUUAGACGAGAGCCCGAAGUUAGACGAGAGCCCGAAGUCAGACGAGAGCCGGAAUUUAGACGAGAGGGUGAAGUAAGACGAAUUGAGAAAGACGAGUGCGACAGCUUCGGUGAGUAUAUCGCGAUGUCGCUUCGAAAACACGACGAGAGGACGAGAGCCACCAUGAAGCAAGCCAUCAACAACAUUAUCUUCGAACUAGAGAUGAAGAAGUAUAGCAAAGAGACUUACACCAUCAAUGAAGUCAAUCCGUUAAACGGAUAAAGAACUGUGAUUAACUAUAAUUACUAAUUAGCGUAAAGUUUGCAAUGAGUUAUUACUUAAUACUUCAUAUUAUGUCAGCAUAUCGUUAUAUUUUUUAGAAUGAUCUCUUGACUCAUAGCGAGCUUAAAUUAAAAAAAAACUUGU